AUGCUGGGCAGAGAGCGGCCCUUUCCUUCCCUGCCCCUGUUAUGGCCUUCCUCCCCGCUCCGCCGACAUUUGGACGAGGUCGAUCCCGUCCCGUUCCGCCCGAACCAAGCCGCACCAACCUCCCCAUGGGUUCGUGCACAGCCUUCGUCCUUGACGGUGAGGCUGCGUUCCAACGAGGAAUCGGCCUGUAGCGUCAUCAUGGCAGCUUCGACGCAGGAGACAGCACCGCAUUCUAGAACGCUCGACUAUGGCAGGUCGAGCUCGAUGAUCAGGAGGAAAGCGGCGGCGAAAGGCGACCUGGCGAAGCUGAUAUGGUGCUUCAUCGGCGUGGUGGGCACGCUCAUCAUCUACGGCAUUGGCCAGGAGCGGAUAAUGAAGUUCCCGUACGGUGACAGGGACGAGGACUCGGAGUACUUUCAGCACUCGCUCUUCAUCGUGCUCUGUAACCGCCUCAUGACGUGCGCUGUCGCAGUCAUCGUGCACCUGGUGACAGGAGCGUCAUUGGCUCUGGUGGCUCCCAUCUACGCCUAUGGCGCUGUGUCCCUCUCCAAUGUCAUUUCCUCCGGGUGCCAGUACGAGAUCUGGGGCACGCUCAUCUCGCGCAAGCAGUACAAGCCCAGAGAGUACAUCAUCGCCAUCACCAUCAUCCUCGGCUCCUGCCUCUUCUUCCUCAACGUGACUGCACGCACAAGUGUCAAGAGCACGUUCUCUGGCCUCCUGCUCAUGCUCGGAUAUCUGGGCUUUGACGGGUUCACCAACACGUUUCAGGACAAGCUGUUUGAGGGCUAUGACAUGCCGGCAGCCAACCAGGUGCUAUACAUCACACUCUGCUCCUCCGUCAUCAGCCUGCUGG